UAUUUAGAAUCCAGGAAGUGGGCCGCCCGUCGUUGUUUGUGUUGGUUGCUCACUAUUUUGUGCCUGUUUUUCUCUGAUAAAAUUUCGAUUUUACAUGCCGAAAUGGCAACAUUUAUUUCAGUUCCUUUAAAAAAGUCAUCUGAAGUGGAUCUGGUGAAGCCACUGUCGAAAUAUAUCGCAGCCUCUUACCCAGCAGGCGAGGAGCAGGCAGAGUAUCUUCGUUCCGUGGAGGAGUUGAAUAAGCUCCGCAAGAACGCGCUGGGAAGGCCGCUCGACAAACACGAGAGCUCCCUGGAGAUCUUACUCAGAUACUACGAUCAGCUGUGUUCUGUGGAGCCCAAGUUUCCCUUCUCUGAAAACCAGCUCUGUUUAACCUUCACUUGGAAGGAUGCCUUUGAUAAAGGAUCGCUGUUUGGUGGCUCAGUCAAGCUCUCUUUGGCGAGUUUGGGCUACGAGAAGACGUGUGUGUUGUUCAACUGUGCAGCUCUGGCCAGUCAGAUUGCUGCAGAGCAAAACGUGGAUAACGAUGAGUGUCUCAAGGCUGCUGCCAAAUACUAUCAGCUGGCCAGUGGAGCCUUCGGUCACAUUAAGGACACAGUACUCUCUGCACUGAACAGAGAGCCCACCAUGGACAUAUGCCCUGAGACUGUAGGCACUCUGAGCCUCAUCAUGCUGGCCCAGGCCCAGGAGGUCUUCUUUCUCAAAGCCACAUCAGACAAGAUGAAAGAUGCUGUCAUUGCAAAGCUGGCCAAUCAGGCUGCAGAUUUCUAUGGCGACGCCUUUAAGCAGUGCCAGUACAAAGACAACCUUCCCAAGUAUUUUUAUUUUCAGGAAGUGCUGCCAGUGCUGGCGGCAAAGCACUGCAUCAUGCAAGCCAAUGCUGAGCUGCACCAGAGCAUGCUUGCCAAGCAGAAGAAGCGUUUUGGAGAGGAGAUUGCUCGUCUGCAGCAUGCAGCAGAGCUGGUGAAGACUGUGGCGUCUCGUUAUGACGAGUACGUGAGUGUGAAGGACCUGACUGACAAGAUCAACCGAGCCCUAACUGCAGCCAAAAAAGACAAUGACUUUAUCUACCACGACCGUGUGCCUGAAGUUAAGGAUCUGGAGCAAAUCGGCAAGGCAGCGCUGGUCAAAGCUACCGCCAUCACACCUCCACUCAGCCAGAAAUUUGCAGAUUUGUUUGAGAAGAUGGUUCCCAUGGCUGUGCAGCAAUCCAUGAGCGUUUACAACCAGAGGAAGGCAGAGACAGUUAAUAGACUGGUGGGAACAAUGAGGGAGGCAACCAAUCUCUGCAACGGGGUGUUGGCAUCCCUAAAUCUGCCUGCUGCUUUGGAGGAUCUAUCAGGAGACUCUAUCCCACAAUCCAUUGCUGAAAAGGCCAGAUCCAUUGUGGAGCAGGGAGGGCUGCAGAGCAUCGAGCAGCUAAUCAAAGACCUGCCUGAGCUGUUGACCCGCAACCGAGAGAUCCUGGAUGAGUCUCUGAAAAUGCUGGAUGAUGAAGAGACCACAGACAACGAGCUGAGAACAAAGUUCAACCAGCGUUGGAACAGAACUCCUUCUGGAGACUUAUACAAACCCCUUCGCGCAGAGGGUGCCAACUUCCGCAACAUCCUGGACAAGGCGGUGCAAGCCGACCAGGUGGUGAGAGACCGCUACAAGUCCCACUGUGACAUGAUCGCCCUGCUGUGUAAACCAGAAAAUGAGCUCAACGCUGCCAUCCCCUCAGCCAACCCCACCAAAACACUGCAGGGCAGCGAGGUAGUGAAUGUGCUGCGCUCCCAGCUUUUCCAGCUGGAUGAGGUGAAGAAGGAGAGGGAGACUUUGGAGGAGGAAAUCAAAGCCGUGACUUUUGACAUGUCCACCACCUUCCUAACAGCGCUCGCCCAAGAUGGUGCCAUCAAUGAAGAGCAGCUGUCGCUCUCCCAGCUCGACAAGUUGUACAACAGCUACAACCAAAGGGUUCAGACCAGCAUCCACACACAGGACAAGCUGCUGGGACAAGUUCAGAUUGCCCACCAGGAGUUCAGCAGUCUGAAGCAGUCCAACACGGAGGCCAACCAGAGGGAGGAGGUCCUAAAGAAACUGGCUUCAGCUCAUGACAGCUACGUUGAGAUCAGCAGCAACCUGCGCGAAGGCACCAAGUUCUACAACGAUUUGACAGAAAUCCUGCUGAAGUUCCAGAACAAGUGCAGCGACAUUGUUUUUGCUCGCAAGACAGAGCGGGAUGAACUGCUCAAGGAGCUGCAGCAGAGCAUCGCCCGUGAGCCCAGUGCUCCAUCCUUCAACGUUCCUGCCUACCAGAGCAACCCCGCUGCCCCCGGCCCAACCCCUGCCCCCAGAACCGUCUUUCAGCCUCAACAAGCCCAGCAGGAGCCCCAGUCAAAGCCCCAACCCCCUUCCAGGCCACCUCCACCAAACAUCACCCCUCAGGCAGCUCCCAUCACUCCCACCAACACACCACCCACUGGCCCUCCUACCAACAACCCACCGCCUGUGGCUCCACCUUCUCAGGCACAGGGACCACCUUACCCCACGUAUCAAGGCUACCCAGGGUACUUCCAGAUGCCUAUGGGCUACAACCCCUAUGCUUAUGGCCAGUACAACAUGCCCAACAUGCCCAACAUGCCCUACAUGCCCUUCCAGACGACCCCAGGACAGGGAGGCUACCCAGGAGCACCUCCACCAGGACAGCCCUACCCAGGCUACCCGCAGCAACCCCCCCAGCAACAGCCCUACUACCCUCAACAAUAACUCUUCUUUCCAUCCCCUUAUUUUUCUUCUCACAUGUUAACACCAAAUAAGAUAUAUCCCUAGCAAUAACACCCCAACUCCAUCACCCCUCCACAUCUUUUUUUAUUCUCUGUCACUAACAGCAGCUACAGAAGCGGAAACCUCCGAGCUGCUUUGCACUUUUUCCUGAAAAUAUUCUAUUAUUUCAUCUUUGAAAAAGCCUUUCUUUUCAUCUAUGUGUUUUGGAUUUUUCCAGCACUUUUCCAAAACCAUCCCAUCUUCCAUCAGUGCACUACUGCCCCCCACCCCCUCCACAGACAAGUUUAUUUUCCUGUACUAAUUUCCUAAUGGUUUUGUUGAUUUGUUUAAUUAAACCCUAUCCUGUCUUCAUUCAUAAUUGACUGCUGUACAACUCUGAGAAUGGCUCUUAAUAUUUUUUCAGUUCUGGGUUGCUUUUGAUGGAUGGAUCGGUGGGUGGUCAUUUCUAUUCAUCCUUCACUGCUUCUUUAUCAAGUACAGUCCUAUUUUUGUACUGAAUACUGAUGCCUCAUUCAUGUAUAAACCUAUAAAAAUAAAUAACUUGUAGGUUUUCUAUUGUAGGUGAUGACUGUUGAGAGUUUUACUCUUUCUCAUUUGUUUUUUGUUUUUGUUUUUGUUUUUUUUCUCUCUCUCUUUCACCCAGGGAACGUGGGGUUAAUUCUGUGUUACAAUCAGAGGCUGUACAAGUGGGAGAAAUUGUUUUAUUAUAUAAAUAUAUGUAUAAAUAAGACUCUGUAUGUGGUUAACCAAGACACUCUGUGUGCUGCACUCUUAUGCUUUGUGUUAUUUUUAUUUUCUUUUAUUUUCUCAGCUCUAAUGUGAUUAAAAAAAAGACAACUGCCAGCCAGA